AUGUCAGAAAAUUCGUCUCUACCUGCUCGCAUUUCCGAAUGGCGAAUAUUGGUCCCGGGAAUUGCCGACCAGUUGAAGCAUAUCUUGAUCACUGGGGAAAUGAGCGACGUGCAGUUUGCCGUCGGGCGUCAGUACGGCGACACGAAGAUCAUCCACGCUCACAAGUUUGUACUAAGCCUCGGGAGCGACGUUUUCCACACCAUGUUUAACGGAGGUUUGCCGGAGACUGGCGACACUCCCAUUGAUAUCCCGGAGAUCCUGCCCGAAGCAUUCGCUAAUAUGCUCAGAUACCUUUAUACGGGCUCCGUGGAUGGGGAGCUGAAAGCAGAGAACGUCUUCGAGACCAUUUAUUGCGCUGACAAAUACAAUCUACCGCCGCUGAUGGAACUAUGUUUAGAGUUCACCAACACCCAGCUCACCGCCGACAACUGUCUAAUGUUCCUGGAUAAGGUUGGCUCGGUUAAGAGUUGCAUCUUUCCCCCAUUAAUGCACCGCGGAUUUUGUGGAAAAUGCUUGGCCGUCGUCGACGAAGAUUGCAAAAACGUUGUGCAGUCGCUGCAGUUCAGCCUUAUCAGACGCGAUAUACUGGAAAUGAUAUUGAAGCGCAGUACACUGCAUGCCGAUGAGAACACCAUCUACACGGCCGUCGAGAAGUGGUCUGUGGAGGCCUGCGUGCGGGACGGUCUGGAGCCUUCACCGACCAACCGCCGUUGUGUGUUGGGGCCAGCGUUGUUUCUCGUUCGUUUCCCGCUGAUGACCGAUCCGCAACUGGCCACCGGACCCGUCAAGAGUGGCUUGCUGCUUGAUUCCAAACUGCGGGAUAUCUACCAGUUCCACCAUUCCGACACCAAACCACGAUUAUGCUUCCCGACGAAAUUCCGGCUGGGUUCGAUGGUGUCCAUCUUCAGCGGACAUACUGAAUACAUUUACAAAGAGCAAGUGUUUGUUGACGUUGAUUCACCGGGUGCGUGCUGCUGGCCGGCCAAGAUUAUCGGGAAACACGGAACGGAUGCUCUCGUUGCGCUGAACGAUGGAGUAACGAUACAACAGUGCGCGCCAUCCAGGAUCGCUCGGGCCGUGGAUGUGCUGAAGAAAGCAUCAAAAGCUUAUGGUAACUCGCCCCGGGUUGUCUGA